AUGGCUGGAAAAUUCGAACCCAAGCAGCCCGUGCAGCUCAACCCCCCAAAGGAUGACCCCAUCACCGUGGAGGAGUUGGCCAAGUGCAACGGCAUUGACAGCGACAAGAUCUAUGUGGCCAUCAAGGGCAAGGUGUAUGAUGUAACAGGCAACGCUUCGUAUCUGCCAGGCAAGGCCUACCACGUCUUUACUGGCAAGGACGCUUCUCGGGCCCUUGGCAUGACCUCGACGAAGCCCGAGGAUGUCGUUGCUGACUGGUCGACACUCAGCGAAAAGGAAAAGGGCGUCCUCAACGACUGGGUCACCUUCUUCUCCAAGCGCUACAACGUCGUCGGCGUUGUCGUGGGCGCUACAAAUAUGGACUAG